UUUUCGGCAAAGAGUUUGGUCGUGUCAUAUAACGAAGGCGGAGUUUUCGGGAGCGCAAUAGACACAUUUUUUUCGUGUCUAGCGCACUCGUAGGUUAUUCGGCAUUGCAAUAUGGCCGACGGCAUAUUACCACCAAAGCAAACAAAAGACGGCAGCGCAAAAGCUAACAAGGCUAAGGUUCACUGCAAAGACAAUGAAAAUAAAGUGUCUGAAUGUUCAGAUAAAAGAGAAGAGACUGUACACUCUCGGAGUAAAAAUCCUGAUGAGUUUCUUGAUAGCUCAUUUUCUAUGAAAAAUCAAAGUGCUAAAUCGAUAAGAGAACUUUUUGAUUUUGAGAAAUCUCUGGUACAAGAAUUUUUGUGUGACAAUAACGUCAUGGAUAAACUAUUAAAAUGUACUCACCCUAAUGAUUCGGUGGAUGAAAAAGAUUUGCCAAGAGAUAUAAUAAAAGAUCCUAAAGGCAAUACAUUCCCAAAUAAUUCGUUUUUUAACAGAGAACUUAAUAAUAAAUUGAUUACAUUAGACAAUAGUGCGAUAUCUUCAAAUAGUGGAUCGAGUAAAGAAAAUAUGUCUGUUGGGCGUAAUUUUAUUAAAGAAAACAUUGAAAAAAUUCGUGACACAAAAGUUAAAUUUCGAUUUGGUAAACAAGAGGAGUUGAAAAUUCGCGAAAAAAACAAUUCUAUGGCUAAGAUGCAGCAUGCUAGAAACGAUAAUAAAACUCAAGCUGAUCAAUUAAAGUGUUUGUCUAAAAGUUCUGGAAUACUUCAAGUUGCAAAAAACUGUAAUGCUGGUGCCGAAGUUUCAUCUAGAUCUGCAAAAAAUACUGUGGCUAACUCUUUUUCAAUAGAAAUGCAGAUUUCAACACCAAUAUCUCGAGCAAAUGUGAAAUAUAUGUCUUUUUCUCCGAUGAGAUUUUCGAACUCAUCUAUGAGCGAUACAUUUGGAAGAAAUCCCGAAGCAGAUUUCCUAAUAGCUGGUUCAAAAAUUUUUAACGCACUUGUGUUAAAAGCUUGGCGUAAACGAAUUCAUGAAAUCAAAAGUAUUAAGCAAAAACUCAACAGUAGUGAAGUAACGCAAAUUGAAACCGAAGAUCGUUUGCAAGCUAUGACGGAAUGGUGCGCUUUCAAAAAGGAGCGUAGCGAUACCCUACAAGGGUAUGUAUCAUUACAUUUACGGGAGAUAAAAUAUACAACUGAUGAAAUUAUUAAAAAUACCAAAAUAACAAGAAGUAAAUAUGAAAACAUCAAAAUACAAUUGUGGUUAAAAGACCAGCAAUGUGAACAAUUAAAUGAUAAGCUGACUGAGACUAUGUCGAAGAUAUUCAAUACCAUGAAAAAGCGACGAGAGUUAGAUAAGUUACUUACUACACAACAACGAUCAAAUCAAAUGAUGAGAUGGGAAAAAGAGGAUCAUACACAAAAGACACAAAAACAGCUUGAUCAAUUAAAAUUGAAAAAUGAAAACUUAAAACUACAAAUAUUUUCUGUAGAGGAACAGUACGCAAGCAACAGAAGUCAUCAUUUCUUGCAGAUGGCAUCAGUGGACGAAAUAAACACUGAAAAUGAUGAAUUGAGUGCUUCUAUAGAGCUUUUGGAAGCCGCAAUAGAUGAUCUAAAAUAUGAAUAUGAUGAAUUAAAGAAGCAAAGUAGCGAGAGUAAAAUAAAAACUGCUUUAAAGAAUCUAAGCAAGGUUCCAAUAGGAUAUGCACUCUUUACAGGAAUUUGUCGAUUAUUUUGGGGAACUAAAGCUUGGUCUCGCUAACUUUAUUUAUCAGAAAAAUUAAUGGACCUAACUAAUAAAAUUAAUAAUAAUCUAUUGAAACUACUUUAAAUAAAAUUAAGUAAUUAAUCCAACAAUAAUCCGUAAUGAUUACAAAAGAGAAGACAAAGAAAAUAAAAGUAUCUUAAGAAAUUGUGAUCAAUUCAACUAAUUUUAACUCCAUCUCCCGAGUUAUUUAAAUAA